AUGGUUUACAGGUACUCUUUGUACCGUGGUCUCCUUCCAGUCCUGUCCAGCCUUUACUGCUCCAAUUUUCUUUACUUUUACACCUUCAAUGGUCUUAAGGCAGUAUUUGUGGGGAGAGGAGAAGCUUCUACAUCACUGCAAGAUCUUUUAUUUGGAUAUUUAGCAGGGAUUGUAAAUGUUCUUAUGACAACGCCCCUAUGGGUUGUGAAUACUCGCUUAAAAUUACAAGGAGCAAAAUUUAGGACUAAGGAACUUGAAUGUUCAAAAACAAUAAAAUACAAAGGAAUUAUUGAUGGAUUGCAAAGGAUUUGUAAGGAAGAAGGAGUAAUGUCUCUUUGGAGUGGUACCGGUCCAUCUCUUGUUUUAGCUGGUAAUCCAGCUAUUCAGUUUAUGGUGUACGAGGGUAUAAAGAAGUUUUUGAUGACGGAAGAUAACAAGACCCUUAAAAAGAGACAAUAUUUUGCUGUAGGCGCAAUUGCUAAAGCUGUUGCUACUAUUCUUACCUAUCCACUCCAAGUGGCUCAGUGCAAGCAGCGGUCUGGAUUCAAAACGCCAAGUGGAAAAGCAGACAUCCUGUCUCUUCUGGCAAGACUUGUGAGGGACCAAGGCUUUAAAGGACUUUAUAAAGGACUAGAAGCUAAGUUGCUUCAAACUGUUGCGACUGCAGCUUUGAUGUUUGUUGCCUAUGAAAAAAUAGCUGCAUUUAUUUUUAGUUUACUUCGAAGGACCUCAAGAUAAACAAUGAGAAUAUAAAUUUUAACAAUUUUCACUCGCUCCCUUGUGAAAAUUUUUGGAAAACGGAGUUUUUUUUUUUUGCCUCAUUUUGGAGCCUUCCUUUCACAUUUACCUGGCGUUUUCAGGCAUCUAAGACGAGGGAUUUCAAAUCCGUUUCAAAGUGGAAUUUUUAGACGCAUGAAAGCGGAGGUUUUUGAAUAAGAUGGUGUUAUCACUGAUCAAGUCCAGUCUAUUCUAGUCUGCGUUACCUGGGUGAAAAAUCAAUAUCAUGAUUGUGGAUAGACAACACAUGUCACUGUUAGUUUACCUAAAUUUAAGCUCAAUAGCUUGUAUAUAGUGUACUCUGUAAAAGUCUCUACUUCGUCAUCUGUCUGAACGAAUGAGUCAUGCUUUUGGUCGUCAAACACGGGUGUGUAGAAAACGAAGACCUAAGACCUAAGAUCCAAAAACGAAGACCCCCCUCAAAAUCACUCAUAAACAUCUAGAGACGGGUAUCUCGGCCUCAGAUGUGUCAAGAAGACAAGAUCUUCAAUUAUAAAGAAUUUCGACCAGGGUCUUCGUUUUCUACACAUCCCCCCCCCGGUGUGUAGAAAACGAAGACUCCCCUCAAAAGCACUCGGAAACGGCUGGAAAUGCUUUUAAAGACUCCUAGACAUCAAAGGAGUGUAAAGUAUUGUCGGCUCUUAUUUUCGGGAAAGGCGAACAACAUCCCUAAAAAAUUCGAGAGGCUCAAACCACUCCUAGGAAGACCACAGAUCAAAUUUUUCUAGCAAUGCGAAUUCGAAUAAUUCAUUUAUGAUUGCUUUUAAAGUACUCCCGGAAGCAUAAAGAGGCAUUUCAGAGCAUUUCUCAGAAAAGAGUCAUUGGGUGCCCCUGAAUUAUAACGAGGAAUUCGUUAAAAGGAGGAUGGUUAAAUCAAGAUUUUACUGUACCUUUUUUGCUGAGAAAAAGAAUUUGGUCUUUUAUAUAGAGGUUGGUUACAUCGAGGUUCCACGGUAGAUACAUGAGUGAGGGAUUCUCAAUUGUUUGUUCAUGUUUUGUUAACGUUGUUGUUGAGCACGCUGUUGUUGUGGUUGCUUAAAGAUAAAAAUUGUUGACUUUGAUAGAAACAAGGCUGGGCAUUUAACCCCUCGACAGCUCUAGGAUCUCUCAGUGACAUGGUUAUUUACUGUUAUGAACGCUUUACAGCAAAAGAUGAUUCCGAAGAAACCUCAGAUAAAGACCCUAGUCGAAAUUUUUUUAUAAUUGAAAUCGUCAGGGGCCGUAUUGUGUUUUACACUCCUUUGAUGCCUUUGGAGUCGUUAAAAGCAGUUUCCAGCUGUUUCCGAGUGAAUUUGAGGGGGGUCAUCGUUUUCUACACACCGGGGGGGAUGUUUAGAAAACGAAGACCUUGGUCGAAAUUCUGUAUAAUUGAAAAUCGUCAGGAGCCGUGUUGUUUUUUACACUCCUUUGAUGUCUAGGAGUCGUUAAAAGCAGUUUCCAGCUGUUUCCGAGUGAUUUUGAGGGGG